ACAGCAACGAUGAUGAGGGUGAUCUCCCUAUCCCCCACAUCCUCGAUGUCCCAUUGUACGACAUGUUUCAACCCAGCCGUUCCUUUGUGGGGGUAUCCUGUAUGGGAUCGUUUGUACGGGAAUGUUUGGAUUGAAAGUGUCUGGAUAUCUGUCGAUGUCCCGAUAUGCGACAUGUUCAACCCGGCCAUGGGUCAAUCAACAUGUACAAGUACAUGGAGCCGGCGAUCCCCGGAUCUCACCACCGACUUGUGGGGAUAUCUGUAUGGGAAUGUUUGUACGGCAAUGUUCGGAUCAAAUGCCUGGGUACUUAUCUGUCGAUGGAAUCCGGCUGGCUCCCGGCAUGUUCAACCUCGCGGUCGACCCAGGCCGCCGCGUUCUGGUCUGCGGAUCCGACACACCGGGUUGUAUCGAUGACAUGUACAUGAAACCGACAAUCCCCAUCUGCGACACCGAUCCCUACAUGCCCCUUGCCUCAUGGCGUGUCUCCAUCCCCCACUUAUCAAACCCGAGGCAGCCGACCGCGUCCUCCUCGUCCCAGCCCGCUUCCUCGCCGCUGUUGGGAUGCUGUAUCCCGACGCCGAGUUCACGGGGUUGUUGGCCUGCGUUCCAGAUCUGUCUGAAACUUUGAAAUGGAAGUUCUUGUACGGGACAUUUAUGUAUGGGCAUCUCUGUAUGGGGGUGUGUUCUCUAUGGGAGUGAUUCUAUGGGAAUGUCUGGGUGGGUUAUUUAUUCUGU